UGCGCCGGAGCAUAGCUGUCCUUUGAGCCCGCUGCGGUGGCGAGCCCCAGGCUGAGAACGCUGGGCGCUGCGCAGACACCUGGAGACGAUGGCUGAGGAUGCUAGCAGGGCCUUGGGGAAAGGAAGUCACCCCCCAGGGCCGGUCCCAGAGGGCCUGAUCCGAAUCUACAGCAUGAGGUUCUGUCCUUAUGCACACAGGACGCGCUUGGUCCUCUGGGCCAAAGGCAUCAGACAUGAAGUUAUCAACAUUAACCUGAGAAACAAGCCUGACUGGUACUAUACAAAGCACCCUUUUGGGCAAAUUCCGGUCCUGGAAAACAGCAAAUGUCAGCUGAUCUAUGAAUCUGUGAUUGCUUGUGAGUACCUGGAUGAUGCCUAUCCGGGAAGGAAGCUGUAUCCAUUUGACCCUUAUGAGCGAGCCCGCCAAAAGAUGUUAUUGGAGCUAUUCUAUAAGAUCCCACACUUGACCAAGGAGUGUCUGGUAGCACUGAGAUGCGGAAAAGAAUGCGCUAAUCUGAAGCUAGCCCUUCGUGAGGAAUUCUGCAACCUUGAAGAGAUUCUUAGCUAUCAGAACACUGUCUUCUUUGGUGGACCCUGUAUAUCCAUGAUUGAUUACCUCUUUUGGCCCUGGUUUGAGCGACUGGAUGUAUAUGGAAUAGCUGACUGCGUGAGCCACACCCCGGCGCUUCGGCUCUGGAUAGAAGCGAUGAAGCGGGACCCCGCAGUGUGCGCUCUUCUCACAGACAAGAACAUUUUCCUGGGCUUCUUGAAUCUCUAUUUUCAGAACCACCCUGAUGCCUUUGACUAUGGGCUUAACUGCUGAGCCUUAUCACCCAGAAUUCUCAAGUACAUUGUGAUUCGGUAUCAGGAAUUGUUUGGGUGGAUCAAUCAAUCUCUAUUCAUUUUCUUUGAAGUUCCCAAUAAACAAG